AUGAUUUCAAUUCGUUCGAUUUUUAUUGCUUGCACAAUCUUUUUCUUUCAAGUCUGUCAAAACAAUCGCACUUUUUGCAUCAACCUUUUGGCCACAGCUUCAAAUGUGUGCUUACCAUCUGUCAAAACGGCAACCUCGACCAGCUCGGUGCAGUUCUUCAGAUCCAAUUCGUCCAAGAAAUCGUUCAAAAUAUUUUCUCCUCUGCUCGUAGCAUCGGGUCAGGACAUACUGAUCUAUCUGUCGCCGGGACAGAAUAAGAUUAUUCAUUCGUGGAUCGUAUCGUAGUUACCGUCAGCAAGGGUUCCGGUUCCACCGAGCACCGCGCUACCGGAAAUGGAGAGAAAUAGACAGACAGACAGACAGACAAACCAACGUACAUACACACACACAUGCAACCUGCACUAAGCGCACCAUAGUGGAAUUGUUGGAGCCAUCGUCAUCGUUACCGGGCACCACGCCUAUGCAAAAAAGUCAGACUGAAUCUCGAAUCUCGGGAGUAGUAGUGUAUCGCAUGCAGCAAUUCUUGUACAGCCGGCUGUGUGGGCUGCGCAGCACUGUAUCGUGUUCGGAAGAAGUUAAUUUUUUGAUUAAGAACCACCACAUGCCAGUUCCGCCGUCGCCGUAAAGAAUGUCUUGUUUAAGGCAGAGAAGAAAGAAAAGAAAAAGUCCUUACACGCAACUGUGUCGUACACUUUUGUUACCAAACCACGGACUGAUGGCAGCAGAAUUAUUGCAGGCUGACGCUUUUAAUACUGAAGAAUAGAAUUCUACAACUGUCUUCCUUAAACCUUU